AGAAAUGAUUGGAGCAACUGGUUCAGGUGGAACAGGAGGACAUAAUGAUGUGGUUAGACAGGGUUUCAUCUGUCCAUUUUGUAUGGAAGACUUUGGAGAAUACGAACGACUCAUUUGCCACGUGGAAAAUGAUCAUCCGGAAGAAGAUAGCAGUGAUUUGGCUGGAAUGUUUGUGUCAAAUGUUAAGGGAUUUUUUGAUAAAGCUAAGCGAGGAAUUCAGAAAUUGGAUGCGAAGAAAAGUAUCGCAGAUCUCGCAAGUAAUGUCGAAACAGAAUUCACUGAAACUACUGAAAAGCUUGUCGAAAGAGCACCUCUUCCAAGAAUUCCAAAACCUCUUCCUCCUGAUGAAAUUUUACCGGGAACUCGGAGAUCAAAAACGAGAGAAUUCUUAUCAACAAGAGAAUUAAAUAUAAAUGAAGUGGCUGUUCGAACGAAUAUGCUUAUUAUCAGGCUUGAUAGGCUUAUUAAUGGAGGACCAAAGGAUAAGGAUCCAGUUAAAAGAAAAGAAUUUGAACGAGAAGUUGUUCCAUGGUUAGAUGAUGCUGAAGCAGUAUGUUGUCCAUUGUGUGCUUCUCGAUUCGGUCUCACUAGACGACGUCAUCACUGUAGAUUGUGUGGAAGGGUUCUUUGUCAUUCGUGUAGCAAAUUUCUUUCGUUUGACACUGCAAAAACACUCACAAGUUCUUCAAAUCCUCUCGGGGACACCCAUAUAAUUGUUGAAGAGCCGAAUACUGUAGAAAAUGAACAAGAACUUCUACAACCGGAAGAAAAUGGACGUAGAUCAUUUUUCUCGUUAUCUCAAAAAUCGAUGGAUAAGAUGAAACGAGCAAUGGCUGGAGCUGUUCAAAAAGUUCAUUCUGCAGCAACUGGAGAGGAAAUUAUAGCAGGUGCACUAAAUGAACAAGAUCUUUCUGAACAUAUGAGAGUUUGUAAUCUAUGCCUUCGAGAUUUACAUUUCCGAGAAAGUCAAAUGGAUAAAAAAGAACCGCCAGAAUUUGUACAACAAUAUGAUCUAAUGAAAGUAAUGAUUGAGGAAGUGAAGAAUCUUGUGCCAACUUAUGUUCGAGUUGUCACCAGUUUGAAAAAUGGUGAAUCUGUAUAUAGUCAUAAACAUGGUGAAGAAUUACGAUCGAAAUGUCUAGAAAUUCAAAAGAGUAUAGAUUAUGUUAGCAAGAAAAUAGCGGAAGGAGCAAAUGAUAAACCGAAUUCUGCAAAAGAGCAACAAUUAAGAAAGAAUAUUCGAUUAUAUGCAGUCCAAGCUCUUCAAGGUCUUAUUGGUCAAAUGGAAUCCCUACCAACAGCCGAAGAAUGCUCGAAUCUGAUAAUAAAAAGAAAAGAAAGACGAGCUAAGGAUUUUGCAAGAGUAAACAGAACUGUGAUGAAGAUGUCAAGUUCAAUGCCACAACUACAGGAACAACAUUCACACUUAAACAGUACAAGCAGUGUAUCUUCAUUUGGAGGCCCAUCAUCGAUUGACGAUGGAUGGAGUGCGGAAGAUAAUGAUCUAGUAUUCGAGCCGAGUUCAAUCGAAGAUGAUACAAUACAAACGGAUCAUCCCUUGUAUGAGCAACGAGAACAACUUCGGAAGUUUUUAUUUCAAGCAUCAGCAACAGGAAAACUCGAUGAGAUGGACAUCUUGGAGAGAAAUCUCAAGGAAAUUGAAGAAGAGAUGAUGCGUCUUGGACUUUCAUGUUAAUAAUACAAUCCAGUCAAUUUAAAGCACGCGAUUCAAACUGUGAUAUAAUAUUUUUCUAUUUGCAUAUUUAUGAUUUUUUUAAAUAUCUGUGAUCUUCAAUGUUUCCUUUUUUAGAAAUUUCAAUUUUGCAAUAUAUUCUGAUCUUUGAAUAAAUUUUACAUUGUAGUUAGAUUUUAUUCAUGAAUGAUUGUAUGCAU